UCAGGCUCUCACUCAUUUUGUGUGGCUGCCAUGUUUUUUUGUUGUGAAUAAAGUGAAUCGCGAGGGAAAAACAGGUCCCUUACGAAAUUUUUUUAUUCUUAUUAAUUUAUUUUCAUUUUCGUUCAUCAGCUGAACAACAAUUAAAUAAAAACAAAAUAAAAACAAUCGUGAUUGUGGUGCAUUAAAAUUAAAGUAGCCAUCGUUUUAGUUCCAGUGCAUUGUGACUCACAUAAACUGUACAUUGAAUUACGUCAGUAAUAUCAGUGGAAAUUGACAGAAAAAAAAAUCAAUCUCAGCGCAGAAAAAACGACGAUACAAUCAAUCCCAAAACAACAAAAAAAAAGUCAAUCAAAUGUUUGAUUAAAAUGAUUUAAAACUAAAGACUUUCGGUCGGAAAUCCAUUUUUGUUUUCUGUUUUUAAUUUUACAUUGAUAGAAAUUGAUUUAUUUUCAUCUUUCGUUAUAUUCGGUCUCGUGAGUGUUAACACAACGUUUAUGACUUUAUCGUUUCGAUUUUCGCACUUAAUUCACAACAAUUUCAUUUCAAGUACUUGCUCCGACUUGCUCAUUUCAACCAUUUCUUUUUUUGCAAAACAAAACAAAACACAAAAAAAAGAUGAAACAAGAGAUUGUUUUACUUUGUCGCACGUAAAAACUCACGGAUGAAUAACAACUAAUUAGUAAAAAAAAAUCGACAGAAAGAAAAACAACCCACGUAAGCAAUGAAAACUAUUUGACACAACAAUGAUAUUCCGGAAUGCUUAAACAAAUGAACCAUAUUCAGAGAUAUUGAUCUACCGAGAAGAUAAUAAUGGAUUUCCAACAAGUUAUAAUAGAAUCUACGUAAAAACAAAACAAAUCAUACAAAACAAAAUCGAUUUGGAAUCAUUUCCGAAUAUUCUGCACAUUCGUUUCUUGGACAUUGUGUCAGACUGAAAACCGGGCCACACUUUCACAACCUCCCAAUGUAUUAUAGCUAAAGCUCAUUCCUGGAUGGAUAUUUAGUUUGAAUUUCCUCCGGUUCGUCAACAACAAAAAACACACAAGAGAAGAAAAAAACGGUGGUUAAAUACGCACAUCGCUCGAGAUUUUCUUCUUUUCUUAAAAAAAAUAAUAACGUAAAACGAAAAAUAAAACGGAUUCUUAAUUUUCAAAGAAAUAAACAAUCGAAAUCGUCAAAUCUUAUCAUGAUGGAAAGAAGGAAUGCUGUUGUACUAUCUGUCAUUAAUCAUCGCAAUCAUGCUUACUAAAUGUCGACUCCAAAAUGCAUAAACGCAAACAAUUAUAAAAAAAAUAACACAGUCUGCACUGCUGUUGCUUAAGUCUAUUCGCCGUUGUCAUUGCUAUCGAUUAAUCCCGAUACCACAAUACAUUUUAAGAUUGUUGCCCAAAGAAUUGACAGAAAAAGACAUACGUUUUUUUCUUUCAACUCAUCAUUUCUGGAUACUUGCUUCAGAACUAUUGAAAUUAUACUGAGCCAUGAAGUAUCCACAACUUGUGUCCACGCGCGCUGUUAGCGCCAUAUCAGAUUGGCUAGUAACAGAAUUGGAACAAUUGGGAGUUGAUGCAUCAUCUGUUUACUCAAGGCUGCUACUCUCACUAUUACAUACACCAUUGCAAAUUAAUGCAUUAGAUCUUGCCGAAAUAUCGGAUAACAAGAUCGGGAGCUUUACGCGCAAUAAGCUGUUCAUUUCCAAAAGUGGUAAUAGUUAUCGUCGUUUUUCGGCCGCUGAUACUGAAGCAUUGAAGCGUUUAGCUGCCAUUGAUAGUUUGCUCGAAGCCGUUCCGUCAGAUCAACAACUCUCGAAAAUUGAAACAUUGGUCGAUGAACUAUCAUUAAAAUUACGUGAAAUCGAAGAACAAAGUAGUCUUGAUGAAUCCGACUUUGAAAUUGGACCGAACAACGAUAAUGCUUUGUCUAACUCAAACGUAGUUACUGCUGAUAAGAAAACGGAGUCAAGUGAAGAUCCAGCAAAUCGUUAUUUCAACGCGUUUCCAGCAUUAUCUGAUCAAUCGAAAAACGCCUACUGUCAUAAAACAACGUCGUGGCCACAGGUCGAUAGCAACAAACAUCCACACAGUGACCAGUCAAUAAAUCAAAGCAAUCCAACAGCAGGUGCGAUUUCAAUAAUAAAGAAAAAAACAAAACGAAGACGAGUAGCAAAUUCAACAAUGAUGGCACCCACACUACCCAAUCAGCCCAAACCAAACGGUAUCAAUUCGGUUCGAAAUGCACGUACGGUUAGUUCGAAAACCGGUCAUAAGAAAAAACCAUCGGAUACAAUGUGGGAUACGGACUUUGAUGGUGCUUGGGAAAUGGGACGUGAUUUGAUACGUGAAUUUGUUUUGAAGCAAAAUAAUCGUAAUCGCAGCAUAUCGGAAAGUGAUGCAGCACGAUUUUCUUCGCUUGAAAAUGAAACGGUCAUUGAAAAUGGUACGGCGGUAAAUGAAAAUUCGGUGGUCACAUUAUCGAAUGCAGCAAAAUAUUGCGACGGCGACAAACGAUGCGAACAAAUUGACAACGAUGAAGAAAAUUUGAUGAGAGUUGCUGCUGCCGCAACAUCAUCAUUGUUUGGCAAAAAUUUUGAGCUCAAUGUGUACGCCUUAAAUAUUCCCGACACGGAAACAACAUCAUCCAGUUCACGAUUCACCUCCGACUCCAGUUCACUCAUCCAAAAUACCAAUGAUCGAAUGUUAAUUCGUAGCGAAGGCUAUGCAACACCAGAUACAUUGGGAUCAUGGAGCGAAAUCGAAACGGCCGGCUUACCACGUGAACCAGACCAUGAAACGACCGUGAAUUGUAAUCAUGGCGUUGAGACUACGGGCGUUGAUUGUGUUGAUUCGAGUUGCAUGGAAACGAAUUAUUUGGCCGCAUUUGAAGCAAAAUUCAAUCAUAACAUGGAAGCUUUAUGGAAUGAUUGCAAACAAAAUGAGCUGAAUAUUCCGCCAAAAACUGAACCACAAUUGAACCAUUCGUUUUGGUUAAAUUACAAUCAUAGCAAUGCCACCGCCAUCGCUGCUGCUGCCGCCACCGCUGCUAUCGCUCCCACUGAUACGCGUGCAACAAAACUUUCAACCGAUCAAUUUAAAUCGUUUUUCCAGGCGAAUCAGCCGAAUGCUUGCCCAAAAAUUAGUUUUAGUGGUGCAGAUAAAAAUCAAUUCAUAUCAGCACAACCAAAUAGUCUUAAUUCGAAUUCAUCGUCCACAACCGGUGGCAUGAAUUUGACCACAUCGAUUUGGAGUUUGGAUAAUCCAAACAAUAGCGACGAUAUCUGGGUUGACAAUCCAAAUAAUAAUGAUAUAAGCUUCUAUGCAAACGCGCGACUAUGGGAAUGGAAUCAAUAUCAAUCGAAAUCUUUGAAUCGACAAAUGAAUCUAUAUGCAACCGAACCAACUGAGAAUGUAUAUGGCAAAACAAACAAGAUAACUGGUGCACCUUCGAAUUUUGAUGGUGGAAAUUAUGAGAAUGCAAGCUUCUCCAAAUGGUCGGACAACGACACUCCUUAUUUACCAAUUCAACAGGAUGCUUGCACGAGUCCACAAAAGGCUAAAAACAAUGAUAAAAUAAGAAGCAAUUUGUUUGAAAACUCUUAUUUUAACAAUUAUCAACUAACACAGUUGAUGAACAGCUCGAUGAAUGGACGAAACAUGGCUCAAGCUGAAACUAAUAUUGUUGAACAUUCAGUAAAUCAAACACCAAAUGUUGUAAAACGUAGGGUGACACUUUUGAACCAUUCGACUCGAAGCUGUUUUAAGGAAGUUGAACCAUUAUCUUUUGAGGCCAAACAAGAGUUACAAUCCAAAACGAAUGCACGAAAAUACCAAUCGAAUUCUACCGAGACGAUCGAACAAGAGGAUCUAUUGACGUCGGAACGUUCACGUUUUCGUCCGAUUAAACAAACAUAUGCGGAUGGUUAUACAUUCGACAUUUCGAAUAAAUUGGAUCAAAUAAAUUACGAGCGUUCAAAAAGUGGAAUGUUGUAUCAUGAUUCGGAAGUAUAUCGGGAAUAUUAUGUGUACGAUGAAGAGGGAAAUGGUGGUAGUCGCUGUGAUACAUCUCAAUCCAAUGCUGAUGUCGAAUUUACACUAAAAUAUUGUGUUCGACAAAACGAUAAAAGUUGUCAAACGGAUGACUUGUCUGCGCCCGGAAAACAUCAACGUAUUAUAUCGCCCAAUGUUCCGAUGCCAUUGAAUGUCGGCCCAAAUCGUAUAAAAUCGUUCAGUUCAUUGAGUAAUGCCAAUAUAUCGUCAUUGCAAAAGCAUCGCUCAUAUUUCGAUUCAAAUGAUUCAAAGGAAAUGCACUACGAAGAUAGUAACUAUAUGAAUGAUGGUUCGUUCGAUAAAUUGAUCGAAAUGUCACAAGAUAGCUGGUGCUUAAAUGAAACUCGUCAAUGCUGUAACAAUGUUAAUAAUGCACAUGCAUUAUGGGAACAUUGUACAUCGUGUUCAAAUGAUAUGGUGUCUAUGCCAGCGAAUCGUCUAUUAAAAGAUGAAUUGAGUGCGGACGGAGAUGAAAUCAUGUCCGACUUAAAAUGCUUAAUUCAAAGUAUCUCCUUUCACAGUGAUUGGGAAGAGGACGACGAUGAAGAGCCAACUCUCUUGGCUGAAUGUGAUGAUGGUGACGUUGUGUUGGAAGAGACACCGAUCAAAACCAAGAUGACUGAUUCGAAUCGACAUUUGUUGGCUGACAUGACCAAAUUAACCGAAUACACGGAUGAAACAAACGAUGAACUGAUCAACACUAGCAACCAUAUUUAUUCGAAUGUCACCAAAUUGAUAUCGGACCUAUUACAACCGGAAAAAGCACAAACUCUGGUUAAAGCGAUUAGCGAAAAAUGUCAACAAGGUCGAUUGCAUACGGACGAUAAAUAUUUGAAUACCCAAGAUUCGUGCACGAAAAAGCGAAUCAUUCACGAAACCAAAGAUAUAAAAGCUACCAAAAAUGAUUUAUCGUGCAAUAGCUCACCACUUUUAAGUGAUAGCAGCAACCAGCAUUUCGGUAGUUUAUGGGCCUACAAUGAUAAUAGCAUAUGGCGCAGAGAACUUCCGAACGAUACAAUGGGCAAACAUACGGGAGAUGAUGAAACUGGAACAAUGAAUCGACUCGGCGACGAUUGGGAACACGCAAAUUUGGAAAAAAUCUGGAAAAAUAUACCAUCAACGAAUACGACAACCGUACAAGAUGACCACAAUAUUGAUAAACCACAGCAAUCUGAUAUGGAUAAAACGAUUCACUCAACGAUCACAUGGAAUGAAAAUAAAUUUGAAAAACAACCAACUUUGGAUCUCAACAAACACACAACCGAAUCGCAACCGAAUAAAUUGGAUAAAUUUAUGGAUUUAAUUCGACAACAAACGAAUGCUCGAGCUCACGAAAAUCACACACAAAAACUCAAUAAAAAUCAUAUUAAUCGGUACGAUCGGAAACGACGACACUCGGCCACAUCUCAAAAUUAUUUUGAUCAACUCAAUUAUGCGCUGAAUAAUUGCGAUGCUAUCGAAUGUAUUAAAAAAUUGGCAACGAAUGAUUAUGAUGGCGAAAGUAUUGUUAGUUGUAAACCAAAUGACGAAUCAACCGCUACUACAAUAAUAACGUGCAAAUAUUGGACGGCAUGCGACUCGUUUUGUGUAACGUCAACUCUGUCAUUCAACAAUAACAACAACAACAACAAUAACAGCAGCAACAUCAACAACAACAUCGCCGAUGAUACGGAAAACAUUUUCAAUUGCUACCACAAACAUAUGCAGCAGCAAUCAAAGUAUCACCCAGAACAAAUAACGGACUCAUUCAAUGCCAACGAACCACCAACAAAUCAUCCAACCACAUGCGGUACAUUUUUGGUAAAACAAGUUGCGGCCAUGGUUUCUCGUCCUUUGACUCGCUAAAAUUCAAAAUGUUGGUAAUUUAUAUU